AAAAAAUCUUUUUCAAAGGACCAGGCAAUAACACAAUUAUUAAAGCACAUUUAUUCUGACAGAACUUCAAAAUGUGAAAAGGAUUCUAUGGCUAUUGAAACAAUCCAGAAAUUUAAAGAAGACAAGUUUUUUAGAUGGAAAUUGGUAUUUUCUGUUUUGGAGGGAAAACAAUUAGGAAAAUUGAACAUGAAAAUACUUCAUUGUGCUUGUAUUCUAUUAGGAAAUGAACAAACUUCACAACUUUUUGCUCAAUUUAUUCAUGCUGCCAAAGACGAAAAAGAGUUGACCAAUUUUCUUUCAUUUGCUUUAACUGUUAUUCCUCAUUUAAAUCAAAAUCAACGUGUAAAUUCACUUAGUGUAAUGACUUUAGCUGUUCGUUUUGCUGUUUUGGAUUCAAAGAAAAUAGAAAAUGAAUUGACUGAAUUUUUGGAAGAAAAAAAAGAAAUUGUAGUGGAAAAUGAAAAUAAAAUAAGUUUGGAAAGAAAUUUGUUAAAUAAUUUAUUAAUGAUUGUUAAAUGGAAUGAACAGAGUGAACAAGGAAUGAUUUUGAGAAAUAUUGGUUUAAAUCUUGCUGACAUUCGUGGCUAUCUUCAAGAAGGCCUUCUUAAUUGGAUGUUAGAUUAUACCGAUCUUGUAAGAAAAAUUACUGGGGGGACUUUGAAUGAGGAAGCAGCUCAAGUAUUAAACACAUUCUUUACCUUAAUGCUUUCUGUAGUUCCUCAAGUCCAACUUCCUUUAAAUUUUCAAAAUAAUUUGUUGACUAAAUUGAGUGCUUUAAUUGUUUCAAUGUUAAAAUUUAUUAAAAAAGAAAAAUUGGGGACGUCUUUGGAUGGUGUUGAUUACUUUGCACGUUGCUGUACUAUUGCUGGACGUAUUUUUAUUAAACAAACGGGUGCUGAUCCAACACAAUUGAUGCGUUCUUUAAUGGAUGAAAUUUUUGAGAGUUAUCAAGAAUUGUUUGAUUCUGAUUGCUGUGGAAGUAACGAAUCAAGUCGACAUAUUGGCGCAUUUUUGGAUUAUUCGAAAUUUAAAACGAUUAAUUUUUUAAAUAAAAAUUACGAGCAUUCAAUAUUUCAAGAACUUCGACAGGCUUCUUUAACAGACAGAACAGCAGCAGCUGUAGCCCAUUCUGGCACUUUAAAUCGUAAAAGAUUUUUAGAAAAAUUUGUAGAGAAUAAGGAAGGAAAAGAAGAAGAAAAUGCUGAAAUUAAAAUUAAUCAAAUUAGAAGACUUUUAUUUUUGGAUUUUAUUGAAUGUUUAUGUCUUUCUGCAAGGCCUUCAACGACAAAACCUUCUCCUCCUUCAACAACAGAACAACAAAUGCAACAAUUUUAUGAUUUGGGAAUGUGCAGAUUUUUGGGUCAAUUACUUGUGGAUAGAUUUGCAGGUGAUGGACUUACCUCACAUUUUUGUUGGCAUAGUUGGGAGCAAGAAAGAGAAUUGGUUUCACAAUAUACAAAAAUAACAAAAAUUAUCGACCAACACCCAAUUAUUGUCGAUUUCCUACUUUUAUUAUCAGAACUUGGAUUUACUGGAUUAUGUUCUGUUCUUCCAUUAUUUAAAGCUUUAUUUGUUACAGUUUUGAGUCAAUUAGAAAAUACUCCAUUAAAAACAGAAAAAAUUUCUUUUGCUUUUUUACAAAGGUCGACUCAAUUAAUUGGACUUUUUAUUUGUGCUGACAUUUUCCCUCAAAUUUUGUCAAAUUUUCAAAAAAUCUUAUCUAAUUCAACCAAUUUUGAAGCUUUUGUUUUAAUGAGGGAUUUAUGGGAUUUUUUAAAGUUGUUAAUUCCAACGUGUGAAGAAAUUACUAAAGGAAAAAUGAUUAGUGUUGAAAAUAGGGCUGUUUUGGAGAAGGUUUUUGUUUAA